GUGGAUCUAAGAGGCACUGCUCAAAAUAUUUAUUUUCCUGCUCUGAUAUUGUUUAGUUUGAUCUGUUUUUGUUGUGUUUGUGUGGUAGUCUAUAUUCCAGGUAUUCCAGCAAUGUGUGUCUGAGAGGGAACAGCUGUAAGGUAAUCAUUCACCAUUCACCUUCUUUUAUCUCCUUCCAUUCCUCCUGCCAUAGUUUUCUCCACCACCUCCCAGUGAUAAAUGAUCUCCAGAUGACCACACAAAGACAAUCAGGGAGAGGUUCAUAGAGACGGGGUGGAAAGCAUAAAAAGGAAUAAAUAAAAAAAACAAGAAGCAGAGGGUGAAAGUCCGGAGUGUCACCAUCUUUGGUCCUGGGCUACAUCUGGAAGGUGGGUGGCCCUGAGGGGAAGCUGGGGGUCGGUCCACACUGAUUGACCCCCCACUGAACUGCAAGGAAAGAGGAUAAAUAGAGAAAGAGGGGUAGAGGGAGGAAGGAAAAGGAGAGAAAGAAAGGCAAGGGAGGGAAGAAUUUGAAAAAAGGGGCUAGAGAGCACAUUUUCAGAAGAAAAUGUUUCGUUAUAACAACAAAAGUAGUGUAACAGAUGGCACCCUGGAAACUACAUGACAGCGGAUUGGAGUGAGCCAGCAUAGCUUGUCAGAUAAACAGCCCAGAUGGAAUAAAGCUGUCACUACCUCACAUUUCUAAGACUUUUUCACACACACACACACACACACACAAACAGAGAUACAUGAGCACCCCAUGAACGCCGCUGGAGAGCUAUAUAAGAACUCGUCAGGAGGGUCAAACACCCACUACUUUUCUCUGAAGGACUGUGUUACACUUUCUUUUUUUCACCUACUUACAGUGAAGAAAAAGAUUUUUUACUUGAAGGAUACAUUAAAGUAUAUUUGCCAUAAUCUUUUUUGUUUGUUUUGUAUUUAGCACUUUUUUCUAAUUCUUUUUUUCAUUGAAAUUUAAAAUAACUGACCUUUAUUAAAUGCUGGAAUCUCCAUGAAGCAUGGCAACAUCAGAGGCUUUACAAAUGUUUUUGGGCAAUGACUCAGCUGUGGAUUUAAACAGCAAGACAAUUCAUAGUUUUGACGUUUCACAGAGCAUUAAUGGCUUUAGUGUGACCAUGGCUAUCCUCCAUCUAGCCGUAUGCAUCACGGGACUGGGAGGAAACUCAUUGGUCAUCAUUGCCAUCCUCAAGCUGGAUAAAAUGGCAUCUGCCACAACUGUGUACAUCUUCAACCUUGCUUUGGCAGAUGGACUGUUUAUGGUGGGGCUCCCAUUUGUGGCUUUCCAGAACUUCCAGAACCAAUGGAUCUUUGGUGAUUUGGCCUGCAAGCUGGUCAUGGUGCUGGAUGGAAUCAACCAGUUUACCAGCGUGUUCUGCCUUACAGUGAUGAGCGUGGACCGCUACAUGGCACUAGUGGACCCCCUUCGCUUUGCACGCUGGAGAACUCCAAAGCGGGCCAAAAUAAUCUCUGCCUUUCUGUGGCUCCUCUCCUUGAUUCCUGUCUUGCCCAUGGCUCUCCACUUCACUGUGCAGUAUGGCCUUUGUAUGGCUGAUAUGUUUGUGGGCAAAUGGUGGAUGACAUUCCUCACAUACACGUUUGUGCUGGGUUUUGUCCUCCCCUUCCUGGUGAUGAUCAUCUUCUACACAACUCUGGUGAUGACUCUGAAGAGCUCCAGGCAAUAUGACAGAAGUUUUUCCUCCUCAGAGGAGAGCCAGAGAUUGGAGAAGCAGGUUACCAAGAUGGUGGUAGCUGUGGUUGUGGUCUUCGGGAUAUGCUGGCUGCCUUUCUACAUCUUCAACUUCUGUUCACUGUCUGGUACAAAUGUAACACUCACCUUUGCACGAGGCUUUGAGAUUGCAGUGCUCUUGUCCUAUUCAUGGAGCUGCGCUAAUCCGAUCCUGUAUGCUUGCCUAUCAGAGACCUUCAGCAGGUACUUCCGCACUUUACUCUGCCCCUGCAUAAACCCUGCCAGGAUACACUGCAACAGAGACACAGAGGCCUAUGACCUGCAUCACACAAAUGGGCAGGAUGAAGGAACUCCUCAACAGAGCCACAUCACAGCACAUCAAUGAAUGGUUUUCUCAGAGCUCCAGUUGAAGACAUCAAGAACUUACACAUGUUGGCCUUAACCUGUCAGCCUGGAGAGACGUCUAUUCCAGACCACCGUACACCACCCUUGGCUUCUUUCUACCUUGUAUGGGUUCUAUUCAGAAUUAGAUGUAUGGAAACAUAAGAAAGGGACUUAACCAACUGAAUAAUGCAAGAGAUAAAGAACUUGCCUUACUACAGAAAUUAAUGUUAAUGUUAAGGAAAACCAUGUAUCUACUAUAGCAAAUCACAACAGCAAAUCUUCAAUAGCAAAUCACCUGUAAUACAAAGUUGUUUCUAUUAGGUGACCUCUAAUUUUAAGUGUGCUAAACCAAUUAGCAAGUUAAUGUUCUGUAAUGUUAUGUUAUGUGAGAUAAAAUCACAAAUCUUUUCAUGUGGCAGUUUACAGUUUUACAAAGUGUGUUACAUUAUCGGCUUUACAUUAAAAUAAAGUAUUAAAUAAAUUUCAGUUAGUGUGUUCAAUACUUUUUUCCUGUCUCAUUCCACUUUAGUUCACAUAACUUUAUUUAUGGACUUUAAUGUUAUGAAUUCUUUAUAUCUCUGGAAUUCUUGAGUUAAUACUGAUGUCUGGUGAAAAUUUCAUGUGAAAAGCCUCAUUGGAAAUAUAUUUACUGAAAAAAA